AAUGAAAUCAAUCCUAUGAUAUUUCUAUCACUGCAGAAGUUACGUCAAGACAUCUUACUCAUGAAGCCAUAUUUCAUCACCUGUAAGGAGGCCAUGGAGGAUCGACUGCUGCUGCAGCUUCAGGACCGCCAGCACUUUGUUGAGAAUGAUGACAUGUAUAGCUUACAGGACCUGAUUGACACCUCCAGUGGGCGUCUCAGUUGCUCCCUCACUGAGAUUCACACAACCUUUGCCAAACAUAUAAAACUGGAUUGUGAGAAAUGCCAGGCCAAAGGCUUUAUGUGUGAACUGUGUAAAGAGGGUGAUAUUCUCUUUCCAUUCGACAGUCACACCUCUGUCUGUCACGACUGCACUGCUGUUUUCCACAGGGAUUGUUACUAUGAUAACUCUACUACAUGUCCACGCUGUGUGAGAAUGCUGGAACGCAAACAUGUGGAGACUUUGAACCCUUAGAUGAGCCUGAUGAAUCAACCAGGUCACAAACAUCCUCACAGCCAAACGUUUGUCCUUAGUCGUGUGUUCUCUGUCCUGUGAUCUACAGUUUAUUUAUUCUUGAGGAUUGAAUCGUGUCAAGGUCUGCGCUGAAGGAAGUGUUACAGUACUCUGGUUAUUUGACAAAACAGUCUAGUCUUUUGUUUUGUUUUGUUAUACUUCAUGUUUAGUGGAAUUUCCUAGAAAGCACUUGUAGACUAUAAUAUUCUUCAACAUGGCUUAUUUUAUAAGAUCAACAAUUUUUAAUCUACUCAUUCAUUUGUGGAGAACCACUGGUCGAGUUACGUCCAAAAUCCCAAUAAUCCCAUGUGUACUGCGAAUGUGCAAAUGUAAUUUCUGGAAUGUCAGGAACAUCUUAAAAUGAAAUGUUCUGUACUACAGUACAAUUAUUAUUAUUUGUUGUAAAAUAAUAUAUAAUUAUCAUGUUAUUAUGAAUUGUCAACCUGCAACCGUAUUGUAUUUCAAGAAAUAUGUGGAUCAUUACAUAAAGCACGAAUGAAACCACUUGGAACAAUCACCACUCUUUUAUUUCGGUUAUUUUUAUUUGUUACAGAGAUAACCGCAGGGCUCGUGAAGAGAGCUGCUAGUCCCUUGUCAAAAUGUAAAAAAGUCAAGACUUUUUUCACUGUUAUUUUCUUGCAACUCACAUACAGACGAAGACACAUUUCUGAUCCACGUUUUAAUGCGUUAUUAACAACUACAGUUUGGAUCCUGUACACCAAGGCUAGUCAGCUCGGCUCCUGAAGAGUUUUCAACCUCAAACACACCUGACCAAGCUUAUCAAAGUAUUCAGGACUACUUGAAAAUGAUAAACAGGUCUGUUGGAUAUGGGUUGGAACAACUAUGCAGCUCACUUCCCCUUCAGGAUCGGAGUUGACUAGCUCUGCCGUAGUCUACACACUGCCUAGAUUUUUUUUCAAAAUGCGUUUGUUAAUACCUGCGUUUUUCCAAAGUUAAUUCAGUAUAGAAUGCAAUUGUUAUUCCCAUAAAUGAAUGAACUGCGUGCGUACCAGGGCUAUGCAAAAUUCAGAAUUUCAGAAUUUAAUUCAAUUAAAUGAAUGAAUUUGAAUUUGAAUUGACUCCACCCUACAGGAUAUUGAAUUGAAUUUGAAUUGGAAUUACAGGAAGUGGAAUUGAAUUCAUUGCAAUUCAGAGAAAUUCAUUCUUAUCACAUAUCAGUGAGAAUGUGAUACUUUUAAUAGACAUUGUUCUUCCUAAUGGAAGUACAGCUUCUAACAUUAAGCAUACAUUCCGUUAAUGUUGAAUAAUUAGCAAUAUCUUCAUUUCAAAGUAAUCAAAUGAAACAAUGUUUUGGUAAAUGCAGUUAUCGUUUAUUAAAGUACUUUACAGAGUUAUGUUGUUGCAUCUAAUGGUCAACAGUUCCUCAAAUCUUUGGUCAACCAUUUUGAAGACUUGGAUACAGCAAGCUAUUCUGGGAAAUGAAGUGCUAUCCUAUCAUUUUCCACAAUUUGAAAGUUAUUACAAUUUUAAUGAUCUGUUUUAUAGAGUAUGUUUUUAAUGUUAAUUUGUGAUACAAAAUAGAUAAAAAUUCAAGAAUUGAAUUGGAAUUUAGGGGUCAUUCUCAAUUCAAUUCUGAAUUUUGUACAACCCAUGUGUACAGAACAGGAAUAAGCACUAUAAGGUGAAGCAACGACUAUACCUGCAGUGUGUACGUGACCAAAAUUAUUAAAGCUGCAUUCCGUAACUUGCUCCUUUAUCGCUAUCUCUGUUGAAAACAUAUAACUGUAGGUUUCUUGCGAUGUUGAAUUCUUUACACGAGUUGUUCUUUGGCCUUUGCUGCUUUGAUGAAUGUGAUCAUAUUGGUUGUCUGCGAUCACAACAACAGAGCGGAUCUGUCAUCAUAUAUUGACAUGUAAGUAAGAGGUCAGUCAUACAAGUCGGCUGAUAAAAUGUCACCUGAACAAGUAAUAAAUCUGCCAUUUUCCAAAUGAAACGUGUUUUGAAAUAAAUUACGUUACUGGCGUCUUUGGCUGUUAAUCCUGAUUUUGAACAGUUUUUUUUGUGUACUUAAAACUGGAAAAGCAUGUAAAAAACAAGCAGGUUCUAUUAAUAUCAGUUAGUUUAUUUUAGGUGCCUGGACGUUUACGAGAAAAUUCAUUCUGUAAUUCUUAAAAUAGCAUAAAUAUAAUAGAAAUGUAAGAAAACCACAAUAUACUGUAAACUCUUUAAUCGGUUCACCCCAAGGCAACAUUUAUUACAGUAAUAUUUUACUGCAGUAGCAAUAGUUAGUAUAAACUAUUAUCAUGUAGUAGUUUCAUACUUAAUAAAAAUGCAUCAUUCCAACAUUACUCUAAAUCUAAAAAUCUAAUUAAAAUAAAUACAAAUAAAUCAAAUUAGUUAACAUGCCACGCUUUGUCUCUUUCUGUUAUUUCUUCAAAAGACUAGUUUAUUCUCAUCUUGUUCACUGAUAUAAACAGGUUUUCCUAAAAUGUAUUUGCAAGUACAUUCAGCAUAUUAUAUCAUGUCACUCUCAGUUCUUACAUAUCACUGUACUAUAUUACAUCUUGAUCAUUUUCAUUUGCAUGUUUUCGAAUCAAAUGGAGCUGUUGUAUGUCUCAGUCUUGUAAAGUUUCAGAAUCCCUGCAGUGCUUUUGUUCUCGAGCAGGCUGUGUUUUACUGCAAUGUCUCCAGGAAGGAGACGGCAUGGAGACAGCAUGGUGUAUCAGGUGCCGACCUGCACAAUACACAUAAAUAUCAUUGCUGAACUAUGAAUGAGUUGUUUUGGGGUAACAGUAAUACUACAUUUAAUUGAUUUCCUAAAUACCUCAGAACGCAUAUACUACCAUAGUAGGAAAAAUGACUAUAUUUUUUUGUUCUGCUGAACACAUAAGAAAACAUUUUGAAGAAUGUAGGAAAGCAAACAGUUCUGGGGCACUUUUGACUACCAUUGUAGUCAACGGGGGCAAGAUCUGUUUGGUUAUAAGCAUUCUUCCAAAUAUUUUUCUCUGUGUUCAUCAGAACAAAGACAUUUAUACAUUUAUACAGAUUUGGAACAACUCGAAGGUGAGUAAUCGAUGACAGAAUUUUCUCUUUUGGGUGAAGUAUCCCUUUAAGGCAAGUCCCACACUAAAAUGAAUGUUUGACCUGUCUUAACUGAAAAUAACUUACCCUGACACAUCUUAAAAUACUGUAUGUCUUAUUAUAUUUCAGUUUUGUUAUUCUUUUAAAUAUUGUUUUUAAUAUGUGAAAACGUAUAAAUAAAGUGAGGGAAAUAAAUACUGUAUGUCAGUGCCAUUGUUUUUUCUCAAGAUGUAAACCACUAAUGUUUUUUUGUAAGGCAUUUUUAUAAAAGUGCCUUAAAUAUCCUAAUUUAACACUAAGGUCUAGUCCUGGCUUAAGAUAAACCUUGUCUGUGAAACAGGGCCAUAAUUUUCUCAGUUAUUUUAGUCCAAGCCUGAUGUUUCUUACUUAUAAUAUAUACUAUAAACAUUGUAAUAGCUAAACUUGUUUAUUUAAAUGCAUUUUCAUCAAAGGACAACUGUAAUAAAACGUCUGCCAUCUUGUUUAAGUUGUUCUGUGUCUUACUUUUUCUAAAAAAGCAGUGCGAUUCAGAGUGUCUUACUGAAGAUAACCAUCAGCCAUGGG